UAAUAAUCGAGUUGUGUGGACUUCACUGGAUGUAAUUUAGCAUUUUCCGACGUAUAACACAAAAAUACGACGGUCAGGCAAAAGUGAGGGAAAAUGAUGGAAGAGAGUGGAAUAGAGACGACUCCACCCAGCACUCCUCCACCUCCCCCCAAUGCUGCAUCUGCCAUCAGUCCCCCUCCUCUCACCAUGGGUGUCUCUCGUCCAAUGAACCUUCCUAGCAGUACCAACGUCACCAACUUUGCCCCUGAGAGCUUUUCCACACCAGCACCACCCACAGCAGUGACCUCCACCCUACCUCCCAUCCAGUCCUCCGCACCUCCUCCGUUCACCCUGAGCCCCAUGCAGCCUUUAUCUACAGCCUCGCCAGCCCCUGCUCCUUUGACCGGAGGCUUACCUUACAGCAGCCCUCACGUAGCUUACACUUUCCCCGCUGGUCAGCCUCCUCUAGGCCCGGUGCUAGCUCCCCCACCCAUGGGACCACCCACCACUAGCUUUAAUGUUAGUGCAGGGUAUGACAUCACACGUGGGCAUGCCGGACGCACCCCACAGACUCCACUUAUGCCCAGCUUCUCCAGUCCUCCACCCAUGCCAGGUGUAGUUUCCAACCCAAUGAUGCAGCAGCCAGUGAUGUCAGGUGGUUUGGCUGUGGGCUCCCCCAUUACUUUCCCAGAGGAACAUGAGGAUCCCAGUUCUGUCCAGGUUGCCGCCUCUGGAGGAGGAAUAUGGGGCUUCAUCAAGGGUGUUGCUGGCAACCCCAUGGUGAAAACAGUCCUGGACAAGACAAAGCACUCUGUGGAGUCCAUGAUCACUACGUUAGAUCCUGGAAUGGCUCCAUACAUCAAGUCUGGAGGUGACGUGGACAUUGUGGUGACGUCUGAUAAGGAAGUGAAAGUAGGAGCAGUGCGUGAUGCCUUUCAGGAGGUGUUUGGCCUGGCAAUGGUGACUGGUGAAGCAAGCCAAUCCAACAUUGCUCCUCAGCCAGUUGGCUAUGCAGCUGGACUUAAGGGCGCCCAGGAACGCAUCGACAGUCUGCGUCGUACUGCCAUAAUCCACGAGAAACAGCCUGUGGUCUCUGUGGAGAACUUUAUAGCCGAGCUCUUCCCAGAUAAGUGGUUUGACAUCGGCUGUUUGAUUCUGGAUGACCCUGCCUUUGGGAUCCAUAUCGAGACGUUUACACAGGCUACACCCAUAGCUCUGGAACACGUACAGCAGGCUCAGUCUCUCACUCCUCCGGAUUACAGCCUGCGCUGGUCUGGCUUGCUGGUGACCGUAGGUGAGGUACUGGAGAGGAACAUGCCCAACGUCAGCCGAACAGACUGGCACCUGGCCUUCACCGGCAUGUCCCGCAGACAGAUGAUUUACAGCGCAGCCAAAGCUCUGGCUGGCACGUACAAACGGCAGCUGCCUCCCAGGACAGUAUAGGACAACUUGAGUGCCCGCUUAGCCCUUAGAGCAUGAAUCCAGUCCAGUCAGCCAGUAGCAACCGUUCGUCCUGCAAGGGAAAAAUCAAUGCAGAAUGUUUUUACAUGUUUUAUAUCAUGGGUUUUAAAAGUCUGGUUUUAUUGAUGACUGAAAGGUAGGUGCGUACAGCCUGGAGUUCAGUUACUUGGCCAGAACUUGCUUUAAAGUGCACAAAAGCAUAAAUUAUUGUACUAGAAUUGUUUGGACCUUAAACCUUAACAGGUUUGAUUUGCAGCCAUUUAGGCUACUGCUAGUGAACCAUAUUAAGUAUGUACAGUAUGUACCAGUUUUGGAAAAGGAACAAAAUACAACCUCAAACCAACAAUAGAGCAAAUAUCCUAUAAUAAUACAGGCAUUAUGAGCUGUAAUUAUUUAUUUAAUUGCUAUAUAUGUGUAACGUUACCCAUAUGAUACACCAUAUGUCGAAAAGUAUGUGAAUAUUACACUGUCCACCGACCAUUACAGAGGAACCUCGAUUUAACAGACUAAAAGAAGGGAGCACUGGUCCGUAAAUGCGAUUGUCUAUAACGUCUAGGUUUUUUUUUCAGGGGGUGUGAAAAUAUAUGAAAACACAGCACUAAGGUCCACAAAAGUGCUAAACAUGCACAUAUAAUAAACAUUAAAAUGAACAACGUAAAUAGAUAUGUAAAUAUAUAAUGUAAAACCUGUAAAUACAUAUUAAAAUUGAUGUACUGAACUACUAGGGAGAAAUGUCACUUACCUUGUGUGGUGGUGGAGAUGUUUUUUUUUUUUUUUUUGACGUGGUCGUAUAGUGGGGACUCAAGUAUCUAUUACUCCGAGUCACUGCUGGUGGCUACUGGAGCAGUGUGAUUUAAUGCAAAAAAUAAGCAUAAAACACAGAAAAGGUGAAAACAAAGCAAAACUCCUGACAAAAUAAAGCCUAUCACUCAUGUAAACAGAGACGUGCGAUGGCUAGCGGACAAUUACUGAAUUACUGGUCUUGGUGCGCUUCUCAUGGGAAUUUUAAACAAUCAGACCAGCCAAAUUUUGUCUGUUAAAUGAAGGUCUGUUAAAUCGAGGUUCCUCUGUACCUGAUUUUAUACACACAAACUAUAAUUAGGGCUGCACACAUACAUUUGGCUGUAUUCUGUAUCUGUACUUAUAUGCUAUCAAACAUGGCAGAAAUGCGUCACAGUUCUUGUUAAUUAUUACUGGUAUUCUGAAAAAUAUUUUUUAGAAGAUUGGCUAAUAAUAGAAGACAGAAAAGAGAUUUCUGAUAUGUUGAUCUUGAUCUGACAAAGUCAUAAAUCAAUCACAAUUAAAGGAUAAACUGAAAUGACAUGCUAAAAUAAUAUGUUACUUUUAUAUCGAAAUCUCUCUCAAUUCUACCUCUAACAGACAAGGGCUAACAUACUUUCUGGUUAAAAGUGGUUAGCCGGUCAGCUAGUUAUUACUUAUUUUGGGCUAGCACAAGGAACGAUUCUUUAAAAAAACUAUUUUACUUAAGCAUAAAGAAGCUCAUACAUCAAUAUUUAAUGAUAUAAUUGACCUAUUUAGCUGUAUUGUUAAUAGUAAAAUGGGCUCAAACAACAAGAUAAAGUAAAAAUGCAAAUGUAAAUGUAUUACAGAAAUAAUGAGCCUUGUAUUAUGUUGAGAUACAUACACAAUAUGAUAACUGGUGGGAACAGAACAAACUUUGUUUGAAUUGUAUAAGCCAAUCUUUGCUUUUUGAGGGGUUCCAAUGCAUAGAUUUGAGUAAUGAUCUUUACUGUUUGUAUUGAAGUGUGCAUUGUCAUACAGUCUGUCCACCUUUAAUGUGGUUGUUAUUUGUGAUUUGAUUCAUGAUUGCCUUGGGCUUUUGAAAGCAAAAUCUGUGCAGUGUAAAUAGAGUGAAUAUGUGGUAUUCUAAUACCAAAGGACAUGUACAUUGGAAAAAAGUCUAUACACUGCUGUGACAAUGCCAGGUUUGUGUGAUGUGUGAAAAAUGAGACCAAGCUGCAUCAUUUCAAAUUGAUCACCUUCAAUUGAUCUAUGAUCUGUACAAUUCAAUUGAAAAUCAAAUCUUUGGGGUGGGGGGUAAGAAUAAGAAACCUACAAUAAUGUGGUUGCAUAAAUAUGUACACUUUUAAACUAAUACUUUGUUGAAGCACUUUUGGAUUGUAUGCCAGCAUUCAGUCUUUUUGAGGAGAAGUCUGUUAGUAUGGCAUUUUGACUUGGCAAUCUUUGCCCACUCUUCCUAGCAAAAGUGCUCCAAAUCUAUUAUAUUACAAGGGCAUCUACUAAGUACAGCCCUCUUCAGGUCACCCUACAGAUUAAAUUCGGAUUAAAUUCGAAGAUCUGGCUAGGCCAUUCCAAAACUUUGAUACUCCUUUGGUAUAGUCAUUCUUUUGUUGUUGUGGAGGUAUGCUUUGGGCUGUUGUCAUGCAGAAAGGUGAAAUUCCUCUUUUUGCUCAGCUUUUUAGCAAAGGACUGAAGGUUUUGUGCCAAAAUUGACUGAUAUUUGGAACUAUUAUUUAAAAUGAUAUUGGAACUAAAUUUGAAAUGAUUUACCUUGAGUUGAUUUUUUUACAUCACAAAAACCUGGCAUUAUAACAGUGGUGUGUAGACUUACUUUAUAUUCACUGUACUGAUUCAGUUGUGUUUUUAAAAAAUGAUACAUUGCACUUUUAUAACAAAGAUUAAGAGCUUUUCGAGAUCUUACUCAGCGCUGUAACAUUUAUUGGAUUUUAUUAUGUUUUGUAAACAACACUGAAUCUUUUUAUUUUGUAACUUUUGCUUAAAAUGUGGACAGAUUAAUGUGCACAAACUAUAUUCAAACUAACAGAACGACACAUUGAUCAAUGUCACAUUUUGUAAAGAUCUGUUGUCCCGGUUUUUGCUGUAGUAACAAAGCCAGAUUAGUUUCUAAAUCAUCUCUAAACAUACUGCUUAACAGUGCUUAAAAACAGUCCACACAUUCUCAUUGUAAACUUUAUUAAGCCAUUCAGUCAAGCAAAUCGGUGUUUUUGAAGUUUUCUAGUAAUAUUAAAAAAGGCAACUGAACUAGGUUCUAAGUCUCAGAGCGAUACAGAAAACGCUGUGCAUGACCACUGAGAUUUACCUAAACACAGUGUAAAAUGUGUAGUUUUGUUCAUCAAGGUCAAAAUGAUAAAGGCAUCAACUAUAAGAUACAUGAUGUUAGAAAUGAGAUCUGAAAGUAAAAAUCAUACACUGCCUUUAUCAUGUUUUUGUAUUACUGAAGCGCAUUUGGAUGUUACGCUUUAAACCUACAUGAACUGUACUUUCUUAAGGUGCCUAUUGCCAGAGGAGGAGUAAAGUCGUUUUUGAUAUUCA